AUGCCCAAACUCAGUCUUGGCUCGCUCCCUGAGCUCACACAUACUCGAUAUGUGAUUCAUCUGUCGGACGGCAAGCGUCUGGUGCUCUUUCGCCUGCCGUCAAUCGACGCAGGCAGGCGCAGCAAAGCGAGCAAUGAUAGCAGUGACGGGUGGUCUUAUUAUGCCAUGGAAGCUGAGUGCCCGCAUGCUGGAGGUCCUAUGGAAGAUGCCCAAGUCGAUAUUGAAGACUCGGCGUAUAUCGCCUCAUGUCCGUGGCAUGCGUACGAUUUCAAUGUGGAGACUGGCGAGUCCAGCGUCGGCAUCCAGGCAUGCACAUUCCCGAUCGAUGUGGAUGGGGACGAUGUGUUCCUAAGUUACACCCCCGAGGGUAUUUCUGUUGCGAGACUGGAGCCAGUUAGUGAGGCGAUCAAAUUGAAGACGCCUUGCUCGGAUUCUACAACCCUGGUGGAGACUGAACAACCCACCACACCUCCAGCAACGGCACAGUAUCUGGAUGAAAAUGCGACCCUCUGUGACUGGUGCGCGCAUAUUCUGAACACGUCGAAUUCCGAGCAUAAGAUCGAACUCACGGCUCACCUGUUUUCCACAUUUACUCAACGAGAGGGUACAUCUUCGCCGAUGACAAUCAUCGGGCCAACUCCUGCCUCGCUUCCUCCGACACCGCCACGGGAGAAGCUCGUCGAAGUCCGACCCGGUGCAAUGCAAAAGCCCGGAAGGGGAGGAACGCUGAAAAGCAGGAUCGCAAUGCUCCACGCUCUGGCGAAUAUCGAGCAGUGGGCCAUCGACCUGGCAGUGGAUAUCUGCGUCCGAUUUGCCGAAUUCCAAACCAGUCCAGAAGCAUUAGAGUCUGCGAGGAACCUACCUCGGACUUUCUUCCACGACUGGCUUAAGGUCGCGAACGACGAAGCGAAACACUUUUCCCUGCUCCGUACUCGCCUCGAGGAGAUGGGUUCCUACUUUGGUGCUCUCCCUGUCCACCACGGCUUGUGGGAAUCGGCUACCAAGACAGCGCACGAUCUCCGCGCCCGGAUCAGCAUCAUUGCUCUGGUUCAUGAAGCGCGUGGUCUUGAUGUCAAUCCGAUGACGAUUGCAAAGUUCCGGAAUGCCCGCGACGAUGAAAGUGUCAAGGCUCUUGAGGUGAUACACAAUGACGAGAUUACCCAUGUCACUACUGGCCACCGAUGGCUUAGCUGGAUCUGCCAGGAGGAAAAGACCGACCCAGUGGAAGUGUUCCGAUCCAACGUACGCAAGUACUUUGUCGGCGGCCUCAAAGAGCCCUUUAACAGGGACGCGCGCGCAAUGGCCGGAAUGGACGGGCGGUAUUACGACCACUUGGUCUACUGA